AUGUUGUCAUGUGCGUUGUUUGAAAGAGUAGAUGUUGUAAGGAAGAGCGUCGACUUGAAGGAGGAGGAUCCAUGGACGCUGAAAUCGACCUCGCCAAAGAAGUCAAGGAAGAAAGCAGCAGCCAAAGACAAUCGGUAUUCGAGUUUGGGCCUCGACAAGUUCUCCUCGUUGCUCUCCGACCUACAAGCUCGAAGGGUGGCGAUCGCAGUUGAAUCGGAGGACAAGCCGGCGCCGAUGCUAAUCUGGUUCCGCUUCUCGGAUUCAAAUGACUGCGUGCCGAUCGUCCUGAGGCUCAACGACGAGACAAAGCAGUUCGGUCGCCUGAAAAAUUCGCCGGAGCCGCCUCCUCCACCGCCGGCGGAGGAGAAGAAGCCAGUCAACGAGGUUGACUUGCCUCCGGCGGUCAGUCAUAACGGAGGAGGAUGGUCCUGGAGACCUAAAUAUCAGUGGCCUCUCGUGCUGGUUUUGAUCCUUGUGUGCUUGAUGUUCGCGAGGACGUUCGCCAUAUUGUGCACCACCGUGUGGUGGCACAUGGUGCCGAGCAUGCAGGGAGAAGAAGGAAGGAAACAGAGGAGGCGGGUGAAGAAGAAGAAGAUCAACAGCAAUGACAUCCUGUAA